UAUUUUUUAUUUUGGGACCGGUCAUCUCGUUUCAAGCCCCACCGCCGUGACUUGGAGACUUGGAGCGCAGAGCACUCCCAACUCGGUGACCUGCAACUCCGCCUCUCCGGUCUCCGCGCCUCCCCCCUCCAGAUUUGCAGACAGUUAAAGACUCAAAAUGAUGUAAUUGCUUGGCCUAUGGAUACUGAUUAACUGAUGGUAUAUUGAUCUUGAUGUUGAUUACUUGAUUUUAAUUAAGUUUGUAACUUUGCAUGAUUCAUGAUUCAUGAGGAGAAGGGCUCAGACCUCAGAAGCAGAGGGCCACAAUUCCUUUGAGAAAGCUUGAAAAAAAAUAAAGAAGUCCAAGCCCCACCGAACUUAGAAUCCUGGAUCCGCCUCUGCUGAGGGCAACAAUGGCGGCGGAAUGGAUUUGCAGAGCACUUCGAGACGGAGCUUUGGAAGGCGAGCACGCGCCGGCUCUUACAAUAAAGGAUUUCAUCGCCUCACCUCUAGGCUUCGACGUCUUCACUCACUUCCUCUCUCACCACUUCACCAAUAUCUCUGCUGGCAAAUUUCAAUCGCGAGGUCUCGUGCUCGUCGCAUUUUCUCGGAGUCCCUCAUUUUACUUGGACUUGUUGAGCAAGAGGGGACUUCCUAUUGCUUCGUCUCACCACUGGAUUAUGAUUCUUGAUUGUUACACGGAUCCUCUUGGUUGGAAGGAUCAGAUGGGGCAGUGUGGGAGUGCGACCAAACUCUCUUAUGACAUAGCUAGUAUUUGUGGGAAUGUGAAGGAUGUGGGUAGUCUCUUCUCUUUGAUUAUUUCACUUGGAAGAGGAUUUGUUGUACAAGGGAAAGUUCGCUUUUGUGUUGCAAUAGACUCAGUAAAUGAAAUGUUAAGAUAUGCAUCCUUGUCAUCAGUUGCUGGCCUUAUAAGCAGUCUUCGUUGCUGUGGUAUAUCCAAGUACAACCAAACCAUGUAAAACGGAUUAUUUUGAUAUUAGUUUUUCACCCAGCUGCUGAGGUUCAUUUACUACUUUCCUAUGUCAGAUUGGGAAGUAGUAGUAGUUGCCUGUGCUAACAUAAAGAGAUAAGAAGUAGAGCACCAAGAAAUAGUACCCAUUAGUUCUUAUGAUAACGGUACAACCCAAUCCAUAUACUGAGAUCCACUAGUUCACAUGAGUGUAUACGCGAAUAGCAUUACUAAUCACCCCUUUCCCUUCUAAUACAGAAGGUAGUGGUUUCCCUGAGUUUCCUUU